AUGCCCAACAAAAUCAAGAAAGACGAGGAAAGCGGCAAAAGCGGCGGCAAGAGCGCGGGUGCCGACAAGGACGACGGCGACGAGAGUAGCGGCAAGCGGCCCGCCGGCGCGCCGCCGCCGACGCAGCUGCACAAGAUCAAGUAUUGCGGAGGUCCCCGAGCGCUCAAGAAGGAACGACGUCACAGUUCCUCUCGCUUCGCCGUCAGCGGCGACAGGGAACUCAGCAAACUUCCGGCUCUCAAAGACGCGGCGGCGGCGGCGGAUCGCGAAGAGCUUUUCGUGCAGAAGCUCCGUCAGUGCUGCGUCCUUUUCGACUUUGCCUGCGACCCGCUCAGCGACCUGAAGUUUAAGGAAGUCAAGCGAGCCGGCCUCCGCGAGAUGCUGGACUACAUCGCGCACAACACGGACGCGCUCACCGAGGCCAUCUACCCCGAGGCCGUCGGCAUGUUUUCCGUCAACUUGUUCCGGACCCUUCCGCCCUCGUCCAACCCCGCGGGAGCGGAGUUUGACCCCGAGGAGGACGAGCCCACGCUGGAGGCCGCCUGGCCGCAUCUGCAGCUGGUUUACGAGUUCUUCCUUCGCUUCCUGGAGUCUCCGGACUUCCAAGCCAACGUGGCCAAAAAAUACAUGGACCAAAACUUUGUCUUGUCGCUUCUGGAGCUGCUGGACAGCGAGGAUCCUCGCGAAAGGGACUUCCUGAAGACCAUCCUGCACCGCAUCUACGGCAAGUUCCUGGGCCUGCGCGCGUACGUCCGGCGGCAGAUCAACAACGUCUUCUACAGGUUCAUCUACGAGACGGAACGUCACAACGGAAUCGCGGAGCUCCUGGAGAUCCUCGGGAGCAUCAUCAACGGCUUCGCUCUUCCGCUCAAAGAAGAACACAAAAUGUUCCUGAUCCGGGUCCUCCUCCCCCUUCAUAAGGUCAAGUCCCUCAGCGUCUACCACCCGCAGCUGGCGUACUGUGUGGUGCGGUUCCUGGAGAAGGACGGCAGUCUGACGGAACCGGUGAUCGCGGGCCUGCUCAAGUUGUGGCCCAAGACGCACAGUCCCAAGGAGGUGAUGUUCCUCAACGAGCUGGAGGAAAUCCUGGACGUCAUGGAACCCGCCCAGUUCGUCAAAGUCCACCGGCCGCUCUUCCGCCAGCUGGCCAAGUGUGUCUCCAGCGCGCACUUCCAGGUGGCCGAACGCGCUCUCUACUACUGGAACAACGACUACAUCAUGAGCUUGAUCAGCGACAACGCCGCCAGCAUUCUUCCCAUCAUGUUUCCUGCUCUCUACAAGAACUCCAACAGCCACUGGAACAAGACCAUCCACGGCCUGAUCUACAACGCUCUCAAACUCUUCAUGGAGAUGAACCAGAAACUCUUUGACGACUGCACGCAACAGUACAAAAGCGACAAACACAAGGAAAAGCACAAGAUGAAGGAGCGAGAGCAAAUGUGGAGCAAACUGGAAGAACUGGCCAGACGCAACCCUCGGAGUGAUGAGCUCCUCCCCCCGCGCCCCGGACUCCACGCGCAGGAAGCGUUGUGUAGCGCGUCAUCCACAGACGGAGACGUUCCGACGCAGGAGGACAUCCAGCUGCUGAAGAAGGCGGUGGCAAGCCAAGCAGUGCUGGCAACGAAGGACUCGAGGAUGGAACCAAAGGUGACUCGGAGGAAAUCGGAUCUUCCGCAGGACGUUUACACCAUCAAAGCUUUGGAGGCGCACAAGAGGGCGGAGCGUUUCCUCACAGCCAAUCAGGAGGCUCUCAGCUUAUAAGAGCGGCCGGCCCCACCCUCGCCGCUCGCCGCGGAUGUUUGAGGAGGCGCCGGCCGCGCGCGCUUGACUGCGCGCCGAUCGCGGGACUUCCGCCAGCCCCGCCACCUCCGCGAUCCCAGGCUGUGCAGCAAGUUGCCCUCCAACCUUUUGGCUGAUCGCAGUGUGGCUGCCGUGGAAACGGCACAUGCACACUCGUAUAUCUUAGGAUCAACCUCCACGAUUUUUAACGGGUUUUUUUCCCAACCACUUCUGGGAGGCAAGCCGACAGCGCUGCCAGUCGUGACCUGUGUGUGUGUAUUGGUCGCGCGUCAGGUCGCUUGUUUCACACAUCUCAUGAGAUUCGGCCUUACACAUAGUGACGCGGGCCUUCCCGUGUGGACUGAACAUUUUUACACACACACACACACACACACGCUGAGCUCAGGCCGUGUCCUCGGAAUACGUCACUUCUGGCGCGACUCGACCCCACGUCGUUUGAAAAGGCACAUUAAGCCUGUCCAAACUCGAUGCGGUCCCCCCACAGGCUACACGAGGACGGAGCCUUUGAAGGCGUCCAAGGGUCCGGCCUUGGACACCCGCAAAUUGAAUUUGGAGACCACGUGCGGUCCGGUCGCAGCAGAAGUGACGUCACGCGGCCGAAAACGCGGCCUCAUGGACACGGCUAUCGGUGACCCGCGACUGGUCGCUGACCCGUCCAUCAUUUGUCUACGUGUGCCCGAACAUUGGCUGGUCACCAGCCUGUCGUCUCCACGAGCCCCGUAAUUUGAUCGACAGCACAAUGUCAGCUGGGAGAGUCAGAUGAGCUCCAGGGAACGGGUGGACGGGCAGCAAGUC